AUGACGAGAGUUGAAUAAACCUGCACAACUGAACUAGCAACCUAUUUAUUACCCGAUAUUUUAUGUGUUUUCAUUAACCUUUUGUUUAUUAAUGGAUGGAUUUUUCUUUGUUUAUGUUUAUACCGGCAUAUUUAAUUAUUGAAGACUUAAAGAAACUCAUAGGAAGUGUGUGAUAUUUAUAUUGUGUGUAACCACGGAUUUUGGCAAGAAAUGCAUUCGAAAGAAGCCAUGAUGUUCUGACAAAAUUAUUCUGUAUUCCAUUUCCGUUUGUGUUUAGAAAACUAUUUUGUGUAUAUUGAGGCCAAAGAACCAUGUCUUCAAGAGCUGUGGUAGAUCGUAUCGAUCCUUUUACAAGUAAAGCCUCAAUAAAGUCGAAAAAGCAAAAACGUUCACAAGGUUCAUCUCAUUACCGAACAAAAAAUGCACCAGAAUUGCAGGCUUUGCCGCAUUUAAAAGAUACACCUCAUGGAGAGCAGUCAGAUUUAUUUAUCAAAAAACUUCAACAGUGUUGUGUCGUGUUCGAUUUUAUGGACCCAGUAUCGGACUUAAAGAGUAAAGAGGUCAAAAGAGCAUGUCUUAAUGAGUUAGUAGACUAUAUAACAGCCACAAGAGGAGUAUUGACGGAGCCAUGCUAUCCUGAGAUUGUUCGAAUGAUUGCAUGUAACAUAUUCAGAACGUUACCACCCAAUGAUAAUCCGGAUUUCGAUCCAGAAGAAGAUGAUCCGACAUUAGAAGCCUCUUGGCCACACCUACAGAUUGUUUAUGAAUUUUUCCUGCGGUUUUUAGAAUCUCCUGAUUUCCAACCGAGUCUUGCUAAGAAAUAUAUAGAUCAAAAAUUUGUUUUACAGUUGUUGGAGCUAUUUGAUAGUGAAGAUCCUAGAGAGAGAGAUUUCCUCAAAACUGUAUUGCAUAGAAUUUACGGGAAAUUUCUUGGACUUAGAGCUUUUAUAAGAAAACAAAUUAAUAACAUAUUUCUCAGGUUUAUAUAUGAAACAGAGCAAUUUAAUGGAGUUGGAGAGUUACUAGAAAUUUUAGGCAGCAUUAUAAAUGGGUUUGCUCUGCCACUGAAGACUGAACACAAGCAGUUUCUACUGAAAGUUUUAAUACCAUUACAUAAAAUUAAAACUCUAAACAUGUAUCAUGCUCAGCUUGCUUAUUGUGUUGUGCAGUUUCUAGAAAAAGAUGCUACUUUAACUGAAGAGGUUAUUAAAGGAUUGUUGAAGUUCUGGCCAAAGACUUGUAGUCAGAAAGAGGUGAUGUUUCUAAGUGAGAUAGAAGAAAUUUUAGAUGUUAUUGAGCCUACUCAGUUUCAAAAGGUUAUGGAGCAACUGUUCAGACAGAUAGCUAGAUGUGUAUCAAGUCCACACUUUCAGGUCGCAGAAAGAGCAUUGUAUUAUUGGAAUAAUGAUUACAUCAUGACCCUGAUAGAAGAAAACUCCAAUAUAGUGCUUCCAAUUAUGUUCCCGGCAUUAUACAAAAUUUCCAAAGAGCAUUGGAACCAAACCAUUGUAGCACUUGUCUAUAAUGUUCUCAAAACCUUUAUGGAAAUGAAUAGUAAAUUAUUUGAUGAGUUAACAUCGAAUUACAAAUCUGAACGACAAAAAGAAAAGAAGAAAGAAAAAGAUAGAGAGGAAUUAUGGAAGAAAUUAGAGAAAAUAGAAGUUAAUAGUAAAGGAAAGAAGAAGUCUUAAAACCACAUCAAUUUAGGAGCUGUGUUAUGAAUUUUGGCAAUCCAGACAUCUGUGAUGCAACCAUUUUGCUAAAUAUAUCAUUGACUUGUUGAGAGAGUGAAGAAUGAAAGUCGUCAGCCUUUCCCUGGCUAUAUUA